UAUGAGCGCUGCUGUCAAAAUAGCGUUCACAAAAAUCCAGUGUCUAUGGGCAGAAUUUUAACCCAAAUAUUAUUUUAUGCAAAUCACUUCUUUAUUUUAAAACAAUGGACAACCUCGAGCACGAAGACUUGCUGAUAAAGCUUCGUGCAAAAUUAAAUGAAGAGAAGAUAAAGCUAUGGGAAUCGCCAUACGUUUUAGAGAGCGGAGAGAUAUCACCAAGCUUAAAGGAACUUGCCGACAAAUACUCCAAAACAUUGAAAAUAGACAGUGAUACAGUACUUGAAGGGCUCUAUGAAUUGCAAAAGCAUUCGAUUGAAAGGUUAAAAGCUAAUGAGGAGUUUGAGGAGACGGGAUGUGCUACGUUGAGGGUCAAGGCCACGAUAACUGGCGAGAGACCGCGGUUGAUCAAGAUAUUAAAACCAUUAAGUUUAAAAGGGGAAGACUUGAUCAGUUCUGUCGCAGAAUUGCUGGAUGUUGACCAAAAAAGAAUAAAACUCAUAUACAAUGGAAAAUUAAUAAACUGUAAUACAAGCUUAGAAGAACAAGGUCUUAAAAACGGAGCACAGCUUAUGGCCUUAGUAAUGGCUGAGUCCCCAGAACAAGUGAAGAAAGAGGAUAACAUGUACAAGGAAAUGAAAUCGACAUUGGAUGAUGUGACUUUGUUAACGGAGUAUAUCGAUGAUGUGGCUGACGAUGAAGAGUAUAUGAAGUUAGAAGACCAAUCAGGGAAGGCAGUGGAACUGCCUCGGUCAGAAAGAAAAUCACUAUUAAUAGGACUGGCGUUACAUGAAAGGGGCCGGGCGGCUGCUAAGAACAAAGACUACGCACUCGCUUUGGUUUUGUUACUUGAGGCUGAUAGACAACUGAACGAAUGCAGGUCAUCGAUACUAAGCAGUGUGGACAACUGUGCCGUACUACAGCUGGAUAUUGCUUGGUGUUACCUCUGCUUACAAAACCUCUCAUCAACGAAUGAUGCAGCGCUCCGAUUGGCAAGAGCAGAGAAAUCAUUUAUAGCGACUUACGGUGAAGAUCAUCAGAGACUCAUAGCUCUUAAAGGGACUAAUGCGAACGAGCGAGUGCUGUUCAUGCGGCUGUACCUGCUCCAGGGCGUCGUGGCCUUCCACCAGAAUAAGAGGGAGGAGGCGAGGAGAUUACUGGAGAAAGCGGAGGCCGAACUUAAUUAUUUAAAGGUGGACGAAGCGGCCGUAGCCACAUUAAUGGAGUUGGGCUGGUCGGAAGGACAGGCGCGGACCGGGCUCAGGGCUUCCGGGGGGGACCUGGACCGAGCGCACCAGCUGCUGGAGGACAAGAGGGGGGAGAGAGAGCGAGCCAGAGAACGGCACAAGGUGGAUAGAGAGCAGCGGGCCCUGGGCUCAUGCGCCGAUGGCUCAGUGGUGAACGCGGGGCUGGUGCGGGCUCUGCAGGGCAUGGGGUUCACUCGACGUCUGGCGGUCAUGGCGUUGCGGCACACCAACAAUGACGUCACGGAGGCUGUACGCGUUAUACAAGACCAUCCCGAACUGUUGGCAGAUGACAGCGACCUGUCAGACAUUGAAGAUAUGGAAACACAGAGCUCCAAUGAUUCUCUGUUGGAACCGGACAACAGACUUGUCGCUGAGUUAGAAGCGAUGGGCUAUCCGACAGAAAAUGCUCGGAUGGCUCUGAGACUGUCCGGGAACCAAGUUAACAAGGCAGUCGAUCUUCUGGUUGCCGGUUGCUGCGGAUUAUGCGAUGGGGCUAAUCCAUCCACAAGCGCUGGUGUCUCUAAAAAGAAAGUUAAAAAGGAAGCGAAGGAAAAAAGAAAAAAGGAGCGAGAAAUGGCGUUACGUCGUCUAAAGAACGCAAUACGAGCCGAUGAAGACGACUACUUGAGUGGAAGCCUCGCUGAAGAAGAGCAGUUCCUCGUGCAAUACAAGUCGUUGCUUUGAAUGACGAAAACGUUAAGCAAUAAAUUACAGUUGUAUGAUUUAUUAGGA